AUGGUGGACGGCAUCAUGCAUCGGCAUUACGACUCCCUCGCCGAUACUGCUGCCUUUCUGAGCGAAGCGCCGCUACGGCAAGGUCUGGACGACACGGUAGUUACCGCUCCAAUCAAUACUGACGUCGUUGCCGCUGCGCUGAAGAAGAUGGAGCGCGGCAAGGCUGCCGGACCUGAUGACCUAGGCAACACCAUUCAUCGCGGCAAUGCAUUUCCGCUCGCACCGAUCCUUGCGCCGCUAUUCGCGCAAUGA